AUGGAGUCAUUUGAAAAUGCUUUAGUUGGUGCUGUUUCUUCUGCUUUGGCAAAUAUAACCGUUUAUCCACUGGACUUGACAAAGACUGUUAUUCAGUCGCAAAUUAAAUUUCAGAAGACCGAGGAAAAGAAAUCGGAACAGGGAGAGGAGGACGUCAAGUCUGAGAAUGAGGUCUAUACGGGCACUCUAGAUUGUUUAAGGAGGAUAUAUAUGGAAAAAGGUAUAGCUGGAUUAUACCAAGGCAUGUCUGCAUCCAUUGUAAAUAGUUUUGCGCAGACGUUCUUCUAUUUUUUCUGUUACAAUGUAAUCAAAAGCAGGUAUAGUAAGCUGAGAUUUUUAUUGAAAUUGACGAAAAAGAAACGGUUCAGUUCGAUCGAGGAGUUAUCACUAGGGAUAGUUGCUGCAAUUUUAUGUCAAGUAUUCACUACUCCAAUUGCUGUUAUUUCAACAAGACAGCAGACCACUGGGAAUACAGAGGAUGCAAAGUUGGAAAAUAUCAUCAAGGAUAUAAUAAAGGAGAAUAAUGGAGAACUUCAUGGUUUUUGGAAAGGGUUAAAAGUUUCAAUGGCUUUGUCAGUGAACCCAUCGAUUACAUAUACCGCCUUUGGUAAGCUCAAUGAACUUUUGAUUGCUGCAAGAAGAGCAACAUCAAAGGAUGGAAACAAAAUCAAUGCCAAUAUUUCAGCACUCAGUAACUUUUUCUUAGGAAUGCUGUCCAAAAUGAUUUCAACAGUUAUAACUCAACCUCUGAUUGUGUCCAAGGCCUCAUUACAGAGUGCUAAUUCUAAAUUCUCAAACUUUCAAGAUGUAUUGACCUACUUGUAUACUUCUGAGGGUUUACUAUCUUUAUGGAAAGGCUUAGGUCCCCAAUUGGCCAAGGGUGUUAUCGUCCAGGGCCUCUUAUUUAUGUACAAGGGAGAAAUUACAAAAUGCAUAAGGCAUUUAUCCAAUGUGCAGAAAAAGAAUUAA